AUGGACGGGUCCGAGGACGGCCCGCCGCUGGAGUCCGCGCGCUCCGUCGUGCGCCCCGUGCCCCCCACGGGCCGCUGGCAGGAGAACGACCCGUUCCGCGAGGAGGUGCUCGACAAGCUCGCCCAGGUCAACAAGCGCCUCCACGGCAUGGACAGGAACGCGGCGCUGCGCGAGCGAGCCGUGAUGCGACGCGAAACCGCACUACGAGAGGCCUGGGAGUACCAGGAGCGCCUCCAAUGGGACCAAUCGCUGCCCAAGCCCUCGAAGGAUCCCUUCCGGGGCGUCACGCCCCAGCUCCCGCCCGCGUCGCCGCCCGGCCGCAGGACCGGGGAGCAACCGCGCACAGCCUUCGCGGUGCGCUCCGCGAUGCGCACCGCGCCGGACCUGAGCUCCACCGCGCCCCCGGGCGGCGCGAGCUUCGCGCUGCCGAACGUGCGGCGCACGGCGGGGUUUGCGGAGCACCUAAGGGAGGAGUUUCCCCACAGCCCCCCGACGACGGUUCGGAGCUACAUGUUCGGCACGACGACGUCCCCGAAGGACGAGCGCCGCGCGCGCACCGCGGUGCCCCCGCGCGACGUGCUGAUUAAGAAGGCUGAGAUGAAUCGGCUGAUCAACCUGGAGAUGAAACGGAACGCGAAGCGCAUCGUGGCGUCGCGCGCGGGCGCGCUCCGGGACUCCCUGAUGGACCACGGGUGCCGCGUCUACGCCCGGCAGGUCACCCCGUGGUCGCGCAUGAAGUUUCCGGGCCCCAUGUCGCACAAGAUCAAGCGCUCGGUCGAGGCGCAGGUGCUCCGGCGGAUCACCGCGGAGAUCGACCGCAUGCGCCUCGAGCGCUGGGGCGUCGACCAGCUGCGCGACGAGGCUCUCGAGAGCGUCCACCAGGAGCUCGAGCGCCUCCGCCUCGCGGCCGAGGACGGCGAGGACGACGAUCACAGCGACGUCGGGAGCCGGGACCUCCAGCACCAGUCCCCGCCGCCGUCGCGGCCGGCGGCGCGCGGGGCGCGCAGCGUGCGGAUGGCGGUGGACGACAAGGAGGACGGCGGGGCGGCCGGUAGGACCGCGACGCGGCGGACGCUGCCGAGCGUCGCGAGCGGGUCGCGGAAGAUGCUGGAGCACGCGGUGGCGUCCGUGAAGGGCGGGCUCGGGCUGGCGCGGGCGCCGGGGCCCGCGCGGAGCGUGCGGAACUCGUCCGUCGGGCCCGGGCUGACGCGGCGCGAACGGAUGAAAACCAACGUGUCUGCGGUCACGAUGGGCGGCGACGAGGCGGAGGGCGACAGGGCGCCGCACUUCCGCCUGGGGCGGAGCGUGCGCGUGCGGCCGGACGACGACGUCGGCGGCCGCAGCACGCCGGACGACCUGUCGUUUGAGGACGUGGACGCGGGGGGGGAAGCGGGGGACUUCGGCGCGAUACAGGGGGAGUUCGCGGCGGAGCUGGUGCCGGAGCGGGUGCAGCUGGUGGUCGGGGAGCUCGCGCAGGACGAGCGCUUCCUGGCGGUGCGGCUGGUGCCGGCGGGCGUGAACCCGGAGAGCGCUGCGACUGUCGACAGCCCACGGCCGGGGCCGGGGCGGAACUUCGAGGAGGCUAUUUUGGGCACGGACAGGGCCGGGCACUACUUCCUGCGCGCGGACUGGCAGAGCGCGAGCCAGGAGAGGUCCAUGGGCGGGACCGGCAACUUCGGGCCGCGCCGCAGCAUGAUGGCGUCGAUGCCGGGGAUCCUUACAGACGACAUAACGCGGACGUACAUCAAGCCGUACAUCAAAGGCGCCGUCCUGCGCCUGGACCCCUCCGUCCCGCACUCCGCCGUCUCCCUCGACCUCUCCGGCAUCGACCUCGACAUGCUUCUCGCGCGCGACCAACGGGUCAUUCAACGGUUCGAGAUCUGCCUCCAGAUGGCGCACAACGCCCGCAUGGUCUCGCUCGCCGGCAACAGCCUCAUGGCCAAGCCGCUCUCGGCGCUCCUCCACGCCGUGCAUGCCCGCGGCACCGCGCCGCUGCUGCAAGUGCUGGACCUGUCCGACAACCACAUUGGGGACCAGGAGGAGUUCGGGGUGUUUGACCGCGACGAGGAGACGGAGCGCCGCGAGGCCGAGGUGCCGCGGCGCGGCAAGGGGACGCGUGCGGUCAUCGGCAAUCAGGACAUGCGGGACGCGUUGCACAGUGCGGGGCUCCUGCUCGGACGCGGGCCGGACACGGACUGGCGCGCGGGGCGCCUCGGGCACCGCACGCUGCAGGGUCUCACGGGGAAGAACCGCCCGCUCGGUACCGCGGGGCUGGGGGACUUUGCGUGGCUGGAGGGGCUGGAGCUGUCAGGGGGGGGUGUUGGCGGCGGCGGGGUCGGGAUGGGGCGCGCCGUGUCGCCCGCGCGGCGGUUCGCGCGUCUGGAUCCCGCGCCGGCGAUGGUCGUGCUUUGCGACUUCCUUGCCGCGGAAGCAGAGCUCUACGAAGCAAAGGCGUACAGCGACGACGAGAGCGUGGCCUGGGAGGGCGUCGACCGCGAGAAGCUGCGCGCGCGGAAGCAGUCGAUCGCGUGGAAGAACGCGCUGAUCGCCAGCAAGUUCCGCGGCGCCCUCAAGGCGCUGAAAUCGCUCAAGCGCGCCAACGAGGGGCGUGCGGGCGGCGGCACGUGGCUCUCCGACUCCGCGGAUGAGUCGGACUCCGAGCCGGAGUUCGACGCGCUGCUGUCGAAGGGCCCGCCGGCGGAGGAGACCCCCGGGGACAGCGGCCGCGCGCCGUCGGUGCCGGACGACGGCUCGGACGACGUCUACGCCACGCGCGCGACCGUGUCGGUCCCCGCGGGGCGCAUCUCGCAGCUCAUUCUGCGCGGGAACCGCAUAUCCGAUGCCGCGACGGUCUCGCUGCUGUGCCGCACGGUCGUGCAGUGCCGCAUGCUGCGUGAGGUCGAUUUGUCGCGCAACGCAAUCGCAGACUCCAGCAUGGAGGCCCUGGCCGGGAUGGUGCGGUCCUGCCCGCACAUCGUGGCGCUCAACCUCGCGUCGAACGACAUCGGGUCGCGCGGCGCGUCGCUGCUCGCGGCGGCGGCCAUGGACUCGCGCACUCUGAGCGCUGUGGACCUCUCGAACAACAGGAUCGGGAACGCCGGCGCCGCGGCGUGGGCCGAGGUCCUCUCGACGUCGCUGUCGCUCGAGGAGCUCCACGUGGCGUCGUGCGGCAUCGGCGACGACGGGUGCAUGGAGCUUGGGGCUGCGCUGCACCCUGAAGUGGGGUCCGUUGCGUCUGUGCUCAACAUGAGCGGCCAGACGUUCGGGGUACGGGGGAUCGAGCUGCUGCGGGAGGUCGUGCGGGACCGGGAGCUGGCGGGGGAGCCGCCGGCUGCUAUUGUUGCGCGCGGGCUGGACGUUGAGAAUCUCCUAUCUGCGGUGCGCCGGGCCGAGAUGGUGAGGAACACGUCGUCGAUGUCGCGCGGGCCGGAGCGCGCGCAGAGCCGGAAGGUGUCGUCGCAGCUCGGGCGGCUCGCGAGCAGGCUCUCGGGGGCGGGCGUGGACGCACGGCGAGGGAACCGCCCCAGCCUGCUGACGGGCACGGGCACGGGGUGGUGA